AGCCAGCUAGUAAAGAUACGGAUACAUCAACAACAACAGUUGCAAACCAAAUCCAUUGUUUAUUGUUAAUCGCAAAAUGAGGCUUCAACUGAGGAUCCUUCUUGCGAUUUUAGCAUCCUGUUCAUGGAUUUCCGGCUCGCUGGCCUACAAACCGGUGGUUAUCCUCCACGGCAUCCUCUCCGGUGCCGAAUCCAUGUCGUUUUUGGUCCGGGAAAUCGAAGAGAUUCAUCCUGGAACCAUUGUGUAUAACUGCGAUAAGUUCAGCGGAUGGUACAGUUUGGAGAAUGCCUGGCGACAGGUCGACCAAGUCAGGGAUUACCUCAACGAGGUGGGCAAACUUCAUCCCGAGGGCAUCAUCGUGUUGGGCUACUCCCAGGGAGGUCUUUUGGCCCGGGCUGCAAUACAAAGUCUGCCUGAUCACAAUGUGAAGACCUUCAUAUCCCUAUCUUCACCUCAGGCGGGGCAAUACGGAACCAGCUUCUUGCACCUGAUAUUUCCCGAUCUGGCGGCCAAGACGGCGUUCGAGUUGUUUUACUCGCGGGUGGGGCAGCACACCUCGGUGGGUGGCUACUGGAACGAUCCGCAAAGGCAGGAGCUCUACCUGAAGUACAGUGAGUUCCUGCCGCUGAUCAACAACGAGAAGGUGACCUCCAACUCCACAUCGUUUAAGAUGGGAAUGGUGCGGCUCAAUAGAUUAGUGAUGAUCGGAGGACCCAACGACGAUGUUAUCACUCCCUGGCAAUCCAGCCAUUUCAGUUACUACGACGAGAACAUGGAUGUGAUCCCGUUCAACAAGCGAAAGAUCUUCACAACCGACUCCAUCGGCAUUAAGACUCUUCAGGAGGCUGGCAAACUAACCAUUGUGAUCAAACCCCAUGUCCAUCAUCUUGCCUGGCACACGCGUAGGGAUGUCAUCCACCAAGUUAUAAUGCCAUAUCUGGACUGAACUACAAAUCGAAACUGCUGUGAAGCGACCAAAGCGCUGUGAUCGAAAAGGCGGAUUUUAGCUCGCUAUCAUCAAUAAGCAUUAAUGUGAAGUUGCUACACGGGCCACACAAUGAUCUUUUAUCGGUAAUUUAGCUUUAGAUUAUUUACAAUGACCUGCAAUUCGCAGGAGAGAUUUAUACAAAUUUAUUAACAAAAUAUAUAUGGAUAGGUAAAUGAA